GAAAUCAUAAGUUGCAUGUCCACUGCGAGGAGAAGUCAUUGCAUAACAUAAUCUCAAUGCGUGCGGUUCGGAACCAGAGUCACUAAACUUCAGUUCGUAGUUGUCUAUACAGAGACGGCAAUAAAGGAACCUAGUGCAAGUUGGGAAAAGCAGCGUUUCCAAGCCCGCGAAUUUAAAAGUGCGCUGUGCGUUCUACAAACUUUUCCGAAAAAUGUGUUUGAGACUGAAGAUAUGAAAAUAAUCAACAUGAAGUUAUCAUCGCUAGCGAUAGUUCUCCUCUCUCUUUUCCAUCUGGGAAGCUCUGCAUCAGUUUUGGCUUGUCCAAAACUUUGUAAAUGUAAAGUUUUUGGACAACAAUUCGAUGUUAAAUGCAGCUCGCAAAAAUUCCUUCUUAAAAUUGAUGACAAACAAGCAGAUUCAUUCGAAAGCCUAGACCUAAGCAACACAUCCCUGACAUCACUUGAUAAACGACUAAAAAAACUGAAGAAUUUAAAACAUUUGGACCUCUCUGAGAAUAAACUGAAGAAUCUUCAUCACAUGCCAAAUUUACCCAAUCUCCAAACACUCACUCUAUCGAACAAUGAAUUGGAGACUUUGCCCCUAGCUGUUUUACCGAAAGAUCUCAAAGUUUUGGAUAUAUCAUUCAAUUUGAUCACAGAUUUACCAAAAGAUAUCUCCAGUUUACAUAAACUAGAAUCUUUACAUUUGCAAGGCAACCCUAUCAACUGCGAUGAAAGUGCCAUCACUAGAUAUGUUAACUUGGUAUCACUUAAAGUCAAAAUAACGGAAGAUGUUGAAUGCUUCAGCCCAAAGGCUGUAAAUGGAAAAAAAUUGGAAACGCUUAUUGCAGAUGCUCUUCUGAACCCGAUGUUAGGCGACCAAGAUGAAGCAACUGAAGAGGAGGAAGACCCAGACAACUCUGAAUUCAUCAGACAUUCUACCGAGAAUCCUGAUAAUGUUGAGAAACCUCCACAAGAAGACGACCUAUUCGAAGGUAGUGGUGAAGAGGGAAGUGGUGAUUUCGACAAAGAGGACCCAUCUGCAUGUGUUAUCGAUUGUUCGACUUUCAAACCUUUAGAAAUAUUGAAAGACAACAAGACAUCACCAUUAAUCUCAAUCAAAGAACAGAUGGGUAUCCUUUUUGAAGAUUUGUUCGGGAAAGAGCAAGAUACAACAACUGCUGCUGCACCAACUCCUGUUGAAGAAGAAGUGGUAACCAAGAAGACAAUAAUGCCAGUUUCGGCAAACGUAGCGACUACAAAACAGACUGAGAAGCUCAUAAUUGGAGCAAAUGAGAGUAAGACUUCAGAAGAUUUAGACAAAGCUGCUUUUGACGAAGGUUUAACUUAUUAUCUGAUUGGAACAGUGAUUGUUCUUAUGGUGGUAGUAGCCAUUUUCAUAAUAGUCAAGAAGAGAGUUGCCCAUGGAAAGUCCAGAAGAAGGAGGAACUCUAUGGCCGAAAACGGUGUUUGUGAAGAGAUGAAACCUUUGGGCAAAUAUAGAGAAAUAUCCAACGGAAAUGGAUCUAGCAGCGAGAAACAGAAAGAUGAAGACAUUCGUCCUGAGAGAAUACCGCUUAUUAACGGCAAUGGCAAAGCCGAGGCUCCAACGGUUUCCAUGGAGGAUCUGGACAUCACCUUGAGGACACCCGAGACGGAAGAUGGUUCUAGCCCAAUACCAGAAAGGGUGACCAUCACAUCCAGUGAGAUUCCAGCAUCCGUUCUCAAGACUCCCCAGCUGGUCCAUCGUGAGAUCAACAAGGAUGGCGAGAUCGUAACAAAACCUCUUGACGAUAGUUACUGAUUUUCUUCUGUUUAAUCGGUGCGGUCAUUACUUGAAUACCAAUUAUUUUAAUUGAAUGUGAUAAUUUCUGGACUUUUCGUUCCUAUCUUAUUUUAAGGAAUCAACGGAUUGUGCAAAUGACUCUUUCAGUGGCAUAAUUUUUCAUCAAUUGAAAUAGAUUUGUGCUUCUGAUCCGGAUCCGUGUGUACCAAAAAAAAAGUAUGAAGCUGUAAAGUUUCAUUUACUCGAUUCGAUGAUGCGUGUGUUGUGUUCAUUUCGACUGGAAAUAGGAAUAUUCAGUUUUCUUCGAAUUAUGUUUCAAUUCGCGUCAGAUAUUCUUCAUAGUGAAUGUUGAAAAGAAGUUAUCAAACAAAAGACAGGAAAUGCAGUUGCAAUUGUGACGUUUGACAUAUGAAACUGUUUCGGAGAAACGAUAUUCAAUGGUCCUCCCUGGGUUUGGUAUUGGACAGUAUAUUCAGUUCGCCUUUUUCCUUUUUUUUAUUUUUCCAGUAAGACUAAACAUUGAUUUUUGUAUAUGUCAAGACAUGCUGCCACCGAUGACAGUUUAAUUCUAUGUGGAGUAAGAAAUUUGUCGUAUUUUGAUCACUUAUAUCGAUCAUAGAUGUCAAUUUAGAUGUUACAUUUUCUCUAUUGAUGUUGCACAUUCAAUAUAUAGUAGUUGAUGUAGAUGAAGCAACUAUAUUCAUUCAUAGAAAUGGAGUGUUAUCCAUUUAAAUGCAACUCUUUAUGUCAUAGAUGUGUUACACAAAUAUUCCACGUUGUUUCCAACUUAUACUGCAUGUUAUUGACAAUAUUUCUUCUCUUUGAAAACUCACUUAUCAAUGUCAUUUUUCUCAAUGGAUUAUAACCGUUUUAUUUUCAAUUGAACAGAGAAAUUCAAAAUCGAUGUUUUCUUUCGUUGAAUUUUAAUUUAUCUUGAACUGAGAGGUAUUUUAAUUUGGAAGACGUAUUGAAAGAGGUUGAAAUUCUUACAGUGAUUAUGAGAGAAAAUUGUCUCCAAAAAAAAAGAGCCUCUGAAACUGAAUCGAAAGGAACAUUUUCUUCGACCAAAAAAUAUAGAGUAUUAUGAAAUUCGAUAAUGUAAUACCUAGUUUAAUUUUCUGAGUUUUUUAUUAUGUGAAUCAAACAUUUUGUAUAUAGACACCAAUUGUGUUAACUGAAAAAAAAACCAGAUGUGUGAGACUUGAGACGGAACAUCGUUUUGUCUCGUACACAUUUUUAAACGAAUGUUAUUUAAAAGUAUUUAUGUUAAUGUUAUGAUUGUUGUCAAAAUAUAUUUAUGUCACAAACUCA